UUUUUUAUUUUCAGAUUUUUAGUUCUUUCUGUUAUUAUACAUGAAAAUGCCGGGUGCAGAUCGUUUAUCCAAGUCCUAUGCUAUUGUAAAAUUGCGAGCUAGAGGAAAUGGAAGUGUAAUUACUAAAACAAUCACCAAAUUGAAGAAACCUCUGAAUUUACAAAUUCGUUCGUUAAAAGUAAAUGGAUUGCCACUGACGAGAGAUGGUCCACAUAGCAGUUCCGUUGAUGAAAUAAUUGAACAGUUAGAAAUGGCAAAGCAGUCAAUUGGCAACGAAAUGGAAAAGCAAUUCAAGAUGAAUCCAAUAACAGAGACUGUACUAAAUGAAGAUCAGGAUUUGCCGGAUAAUUUUAAUGUACACAAUACUGAAUUGAAUGAUAAAUUUGAAGAUAUGCUUAGGCGUAUUGAUCAACUUCAACAACAAAUUGAAGCAGUUCGUAUGGAAUGUAAAGAAGAAAGAGCAAAUAGAUUGAAAUUAUCAGAAGAAAUGGAUCAAAAAUACAAUUAUGUACUCGAACGAAUUGCUUCUUUGGAGAAAAAAUUACAAGAGAGCUUUGGAAAUAACCAGAUAAACAUGGAUAUUACACAAAAUGCUUUGCCUUCCGAACAGACCUAUGAACUGAUCAACCAAAAUGAUGAUAAUAUUCCUUUGGUUGAUUCUGAGGAUAUUUCAAUCGACAACGAUAUUUCUAUAAUGCCUCAACUCGAAAAAGCUACAGAUUCUCAAUUAGAUGUUGAAAUUAUUGGCGAAGUCUUACAUGAUUAUAAGAUUGGAUUACCUGCGUUUAAAAAAGAGAGUGCAUCGAAUCAGCUUACUGAAUGGCCUGUUUUAACGUUGGAAAGUGAUUAUUCUGAAAAUAAUGAUAAAACCAGUUCACGAAAGACUAUUAUUCCAAUUUGUAUCAAAAAUGAAAACAAUAAUGUUGUUGAUCCUCGGCCGUCUACUAGUAAAUACGGGAAUUGAAUUUGAAUGAUAUCAAUUAAAAUAUUCACGGGGCACUAUAUAUACAUUUGAAUCCCUUUAUAGCACCGCUGGUAUAUAUUCCGAAUAAGGUAAUAGGUGAAGCAAUAAAUGGGGCUCACCUACAGCCCUACUUUUACAUUAGAAACACCAAAUUGUGUUAUUUUUUAAUAUGUCUAAAUGAAGCUUCUUCGACGUGAUCCCACUUUUUGGCUCCAUUCUAUUGGCGGGACUAUAACGAGAUUCAAAUGUGUAUAUUUUUAUUUUGACCUUUUCAAUUAUUUUGUUACUUUUUCAUUUUAUUUUGAAUUUUACUCUAAACUUUACCUUUUCUUUUACU